UGUUCUAGUCGAGUUUAUCAUUUAAAAAUAUUGAUUUUCAGCACAUUUGUAUGUCCCACCGAAAUUAUUGCAUUUUCGGAUCGCAUCGAAGAAUUUCGAAAAAUCAAGGCAGACGUUGUGGCGGUCAGUGUCGAUUCCCACUUUACGCAUUUGGCAUGGAUCAACACACCCCGAAAAGAAGGAGGUCUUGGAUAUGUAAAGAUACCAUUACUUUCCGACUUGACGCAUAAGAUCAGCAGGGACUACGGCGUUUAUCUAGAAGAUUUGGGCCAUACCCUCCGUGGUCUCUUUAUCAUCGACCACCGCGGUAUUUUGCGACAAAUAACAAUGAACGAUUUGCCCGUUGGACGUUCGGUAGAUGAAACAAUUCGGCUGGUGCAAGCUUUCCAAUAUACCGAUACUCACGGAGAAGUGUGCCCUGCUGGAUGGAAGCCUGGCGCGGAUACGAUCGUCCCUGACCCAAAGGAGAAGUCAAAGUAUUUUCAGAAGAAUAACUAAAUUACAUAAAAGUAUCAUCGAUUCUACACUUUUUUCAUAUAUUUCUAUAUCAAAGGAUUGAUUUUUUUAUUUUCUCCAUUUUACAUACAUAUUUACGAAGGUCCUCAUAGAAUCGGGACGUCAUUGGACAUAAUAAACAAAAAUUGUGCAGUACAACAUUUUA